AUGAUCCUGCAGUUCUGGGUCUACUGUCUUUUCUCACUGUUCCUGGUCGGCUUUGCUCAGCCGACCCCGAAGCAGCAACAGAUGAAGAUGGAUUGCUAUAAGGGGGUGACAGGCACCAUCUAUGAGUAUGGAGCCCUCACCCUCAAUGGCGAGGAGUAUAUCCAGUUCAAGCAGUAUGCGGGCAAGCACGUCCUCUUUGUCAAUGUGGCCACCUGUUGAGGCUUGGCAGCUCAGUAUCCUGAACUGAAUGCACUACAGGAGGAGCUGAAGCCUUUUGGUGUAGUUGUGUUGGGCUUUCCCUGCAACCAAUUUGGAAAACAAGAACCAGCAAAAAACUCAGAGAUCCUUUUGGGGCUCAAGUAUGUAGGUCCAGGUGGUGGCUUUGUUCCCAAUUUUCAGCUCUUUGAGAAAGGGGAUGUGAAUGGAGAAAAAGAACAGAAGGUCUUUAGCUUCCUGAAGAACUCCUGCCCUCCAACCUCUGAUUUUUUUGGCUCAUCAAGCCAAUAACUCUUCUGGGAGCCCAUGAAGGUCCAUGACAUCUGCUGGAACUUUCAGAAGUUCUUGGUGGGGCCUGAUGGAGUCCCUGUCAUGCACUGGUUCCACUGGGCUUCCAUCAGCACAGUCAAGUCAGACAUCCUGGAGUACAUGAAGCAGUUCAAAAGCAAAUAG